AUGACUCGCACCAGCUUGAAGAAAAAAUUCUUCAGCUGCUGUGUGCUCGUCUUUCUCCUGUUUGCGAUCAUCUGUGUGUGGAAGGAAAAGAAGAAAGGGAAUUUCUAUGAGUUCCUUAAACUGCAGAACAAGGAAUUCCAGCUGUUGCAGGGCCUGGAGAAACUGGCUGUGAGCUCUAGUUCCCAACCUGUGUCCUCGAGCAGCACCCACAACCCCCAGAGGAGCAGCCAGGCACUCGGUGGUCCCAAGGCCAAGUUGGAGACUACCUUCCAGGUGUGGGACAAGGACAGCUCCUCCAAAAACCUUAUCCCCAGGCUGCAAACCAUCCGGAAGAAUUAUCUGAGCAUGAACAAGUACAAAGUGACGUACAAGGGGCCAGGGCCCGGGGUCAAGUUCAGUGCAGAGGCCCUGCUUUGCCACCUCCGGGACCACGUGAACAUUUCGAUGAUAGAGACCACAGAUUUUCCCUUCAACACCUCUGACUGGGAGGGCUACCUGCCUCAGGAGAACAUUAGGACCAAGGCGGGGCCAUGGGGCAGGUGUGCUGUUGUCUCUUCAGCAGGAUCUCUGAAGUCCUCCCGGCUGGGUCGAGAAAUAGAUGAUCACGAUGCAGUCCUGAGGUUUAAUGGGGCACCCACAGUCAAAUUCCAACAAGACGUGGGCACGAAAACCACCAUCCGUCUGGUAAACUCUCAGUUGGUCACCACAGAAGCGGGCUUCCUCAAAGACAGUUUGUACAAUGAAGGAAUCCUAAUUGUAUGGGACCCAUCUAUUUACCAUUCAGAUAUCCCAAAGUGGUACAGGAAUCCCGACUACAGUUUCUUCAAUAACUUCAAGAGCUAUCGUAAGCUGCAUCCUGAUCAGCCCUUUUACAUCCUCAAGCCCCAGAUGCCUUGGGAGCUGUGGGACAUCAUUCAGGAAAUCUCCUCAGAGCAGAUCCAGCCAAACCCCCCAUCCUCUGGGAUGCUCGGCAUCGUCAUUAUGAUGUCGCUGUGUGACCAGGUGGAUAUUUACGAGUUCCUCCCAUCCAAGCGCAAGACUGAUGUGUGCUACUACUAUCAGAAGUAUUUCGACAGUGCCUGCACAAUGGGUGCCUACCACCCACUCCUCUUUGAGAAGAACAUGGUGAAGCACCUCAACCUUGGCACGGACGAGGACAUCUACCUGCUUGGAAAAGCCACGCUGCCUGGCUUCCGGACAAUUCGCUGCGGAGCAUAA